AAUAAAAAAUAAUAAAUAACAACCGCAUGGUGUGCACACAGUAUUGACGUGCAUCAUCAUUUUUUUUUAUUUUGUUGCGAAUUGAAAUUGAAUUUUGAUUGACUUUAACUAAAUAAAGAUAGAUUUUUUUCGAGAAAGAAGUUUUAUACAAAGAGAAAGAUGCCAAAAGUACGAUCAACAGCUGGAGCACCUCGUAAAGAGGGCUUCAAUCGGAGUGGCCAUUCGAUGAAUCCAGAGCGUUUAACAACGGGUUUGAAAGGUGUCGCAAAGCCACGUACAAAAGCCACCAUCAAACGAUUACAAAUGUAUCGAAAUUUUAAAGCAAAACGUAGCCCCGGCGGUAAAAUUAUAACACCCGCACCAUUCCAAGGAUGGUUAUCGUCGGGUACAAUGGCACGCGUUGAACCAACACCAAAAUGGUUUAGCAAUUCACGUGUCAUUUCACAAAAUGCUUUGCAAAAAUUCCAAGAGGAAAUGGGCAAAGCCCUUAAAGAUCCAUACCAAGUUGUAAUGAAACCAUCACAAUUGCCAAUCAGUUUAUUAAAUGAAACGGCAAAAUAUCAACGCGUUCAUUUGCUCGAUACGGAAAGUUUUGACACCACAUUUGGCCCAAAAAAGCAACGAAAACGUCCAAACAUUAAAAUACGCGAUCUAGAGGAUAUGAGCAAACAAGCCGAAGAUGCAACCGACAAAUACGAUGAAAAUAAAGAUGUGGACUUGAUGAAAGAAGAAGCCGAUUCAAAAGAUAUUGUUCGUGAUUGGGUAUUUGGUGCUGGUCAAAGUAAGCGUAUUUGGAAUGAAUUGCACAAAGUCAUCGAUUCAUCUGAUAUUAUAUUACAAGUGCUUGAUGCCAGAGAUCCAAUGGGCACGCGAUCAAAAUAUAUUGAAGAAUUUAUACGCAAAGAAAAGCCACACAAACAUUUAUUCUUCAUAUUGAAUAAGGUCGAUUUGAUUCCAACAUGGGUGACACAACGUUGGGUGGCGAUUUUAAGCGCUGAAUAUCCAACCAUUGCAUUCCAUGCAUCAUUGACACAUCCAUUUGGUAAAGGUUCGUUAAUUAAUUUAUUGCGUCAAUUGGGUAAAUUGCACAUUGAUAAAAAGCAAAUUAGCGUCGGUUUCAUUGGCUAUCCAAAUACGGGUAAAUCGUCAAUAAUCAAUGCACUUCGUAGCAAAAAAGUAUGUAACGUUGCACCAAUUGCUGGCGAAACAAAAGUCUGGCAAUACAUUACGUUGAUGCGACGCAUUUUCCUUAUCGAUUGUCCGGGUGUUGUCUAUCCAUCGGCCGAAACUGAUACCGAAAAAGUGCUUAAAGGUGUGGUUCGUGUUGAAUUGGUAACGUCGCCUGAAGACUAUGUGGAAACUGUUUUGAAACGUGUUCGUAGUGAAUACAUCAAAAAGACGUAUCACAUCGAAAAAUGGACAUCGCACGUUGAUUUUCUUGAACAAUUGGCCAAACGCAGUGGAAAAUUACUAAAAGGUGGCGAUCCAGAUAUACCAGCCAUUGCAAAAAUGGUUCUCAAUGAUUUUCAACGUGGUAAAUUACCGUAUUAUAUACCACCAGAAGAUUUUGAAAUACCAAAAUCACGUGAAAACCAAUCGAAUGAAAAAGAAGCCGCUGAUGACAGCCAAUCGGAUAAGAUUUCGGUCAGUGAAUCGGUGAAGAAGGGUCGUGAUUUGCAACAAGUUCAAGAUUUUCGUAAGAUUCGUGUUGGUUUGGAAUUUGAAAAAGAUGAUAUUCGUGAAUUGGAGAAAAUCGAUUUGGAAUUGUUGGAAAAACAACGCACCGAACGAAAAUUGUCAAGCAAACGAAAAGCAGAGAACGAUGAUGAAUCAUCUGGUAUCAGUGAUUUUUACUCAGAAGAUGAAUAUGAUGAAGGAUUAAACAAAGUUAUUCGCCGAAAAUCGAAGAAAAUCUUAACUAAAACGAAUACAAACACAGCUAAGAGUCCAAACGCUGUCGAAACCACCCCCAAAACCACCACCAAAACUAAAGCUAGCAGUGGAGAUUUCAAUGUUGAAAAUAUCGAUUCAAAAGAAGACAAAAAAGCACCGAAGAAAGCAACAGCCAAAGAACGACGAGCUGUGGAACGAGCACAAAAACGAAAGAAAAUCGGUAGCAAUUUCUAUGAAACAUCUAAUGUUAAAAAUCGUAAUCGAAACAAAAAAAAGAUGUAGUCUAUUCAAUGUAGCACACACUGGGCUGGAUUGUGUUGACGCUCCAGUUAUAGGUCGAGCAUCAGGUCGAACUUUUGGGUUCGUUCCGGCACAAAUCGCAUUGCCCGAAAUAAUUCCCGGCAUGAGAAAAAAAAAACUGAAUAA